AAGUGCCUAUGUUAACAGAAGUUACGGGACGUAUCUAGCGGUUUUAAGUUGUUUUAUUUAUUUUUUAUUUAUUAAAAAACGCCAUAAUAACGGAUCAUUGCCGCACACGUUUCCGAUACAUAUGUUAUCACUGUCUUUUUCUUGGUUCGUAUUUGUAGUUAUAUGUUUGUAGUUAAGUGUUAAACGUCAGUGUAGUGAUUUAGACAGAUAAAGGAGGAUUUGACCGCUCAGAGUGGCUGAUUUUCACAAUGGCAGAGCGUUUAAACAUCAAUCUGCAAAAAUCUACUAAGGACAAACUUGAAAAAUUCAAACAAAUGAGAGGUAAAGAAGUUCAGUCUGAUGAAUUCUGGGAUCUUGUGGUCAUUACUGCAGUGGAUGAGGACCAGAGGUCUGCUUACGAAAUUCAGAUCACUGAGAAACUGGAGAGGAAAGAACUGCCUCUCGGCAUCAAUUACCAUGUGUUUGCAGAUCCUCAAGGAUGCAAGAUUGGUAAUGGUGGAUCCACUUUACAUUCACUGCAGUGUCUACAUGAUAAAUAUGGCAAGUCACUGUCAGGAUUUAAAGUCAUUCUUAUUCAUGCAGGAGGAUUCAGUCAACGUUUGCCUAGUGCCAGUGCCCUGGGUAAAAUACUCACAGCUGUGCCCCUGGGGAACCCUUUAUAUCAAAUGCUGGAGCUCAAACUUGCAAUGUAUGUGCAUUUCCCCUCACACAUGAAGCCAGGAAUGCUCGUCACCUGUGCUGAUGAUAUAGAGCUCUACAGUGUUUCUGACCAAGAGAAUGUUGUGUUUGAUAAGUCAGGUUUUACUGCCCUAGCACAUCCUUCCCCUCUCUCUAUUGGUACAACUCAUGGAGUUUUUGUUCUUGAACCAGCAGAGACGCCCAGAAUUUGUGAUAUGGAAUACAGAACUUGCUCUCAAUUUCUGCACAAACCAAGUAUUGAAAAGAUGUUGAAAUGCAACGCCGUGUGCAAGAGGGAAGGAGAGGAGUUUGUUUACACUGACAGCACUUACUAUUUUGAUUACAUGACUGCUAUGACCCUGCUGACCUUGUUCAGUGAAAUCAACCCUCUGACAUGUGAAAUUGAUGCUUAUGGAGACUUCCUUCAAGCUCUGGGCCGAAGAGCUACUGUGGAUUACACAGAAAACACUGCCAACGUCACAAAGAAGGAAAAGGAUCUCAUUGAGAUUCGCAGGAAGAUUUUCCAUGGUCUCAAAGGCACGGCACUCAACGUCAUCCUGUUGAACAACUCCAAGUUUUACCAUAUCGGCACCACAGAGGAAUACUUGUUCCACUUCACCACGGACUCCUGUCUCAGAGCAGAACUCGGGCUGCUCUCUGCUGCCUUCAGUGUGUGCAGCUUGGAGCCAUCUGAGAAAACUAGAGUUUGCGUGACACACAGUAUCCUGCACCCUAAUGUGAGCGUGUCCCAGGGCAGUGUUGUAGAAUAUUCCAGACUGGAGGCUAGAGUUAAAGUCGGAAGUAGAUCUAUCAUCAGCGGCUGCUGGAUAGACACGGAUCUAACAGUGCCGAGUGACACCUUCAUACACUCUUUGUCUGUAAACCUGGAUGGAAAAACAGGUUUUGUUACUGUGGUAUUUGGUGUUAAAGAUGAUCUGAAGAAAAGUGUGUCCGGUCCUGCUUAUAUGAAAGCUUUGAGCUUGUUUAAAGUUAAUCUGGAGGACUGUUUUGGGCUCUGGGGUUUGAUUCCCGAGAAGGUCAGGUUCUCAGGAGACACAUCUGUGUGUAGUUUGUGGAAUUCCUGCAUUUUCCCAGUGUGCUCCAAUCUAAAGAAUUCAUUUGUCAUGUCACUAGGGAUGAUGAAGGCAUUGGAUAGUCGAACCAAUUUCUCACUACCAAAAAAUGCAACCCUAACCUCUUUACAAGAAACUCUGCAGAACAAGAACCUGGAGGAAAUGCUGAAAUUUAGGAAAAAACUUUAUGAAGACAUUCUUAGGGUGAAGUAAUUCGGUCUGAGCGUGUGUGUGUGUGUGUGUGUGUAAAUAAUCAGUAAUUUCAUUGCAUACACCGCUCAACAACAGUUUUUACUAAAUUGAUUUGAUAUCAGUUUUCACACAGUUUUCUUUAAAUUUGAGCAAACCGUAGGUCUUUCAUACAAAUACAUACAGUUUUCUCAAAUGGUCGUACAAAUAAGCCACCUUGUCAAAUGUACGAAUUGCUGAGAGAUCAGUUUAAAUUUUAAGUUACCAAUGAGAGAAAGUGCAACAUACAAUACGGUUCAUACGGAAGUCCCUUCUGAAUGAAAGACCCAAUUUGCAAUUGGUAAAGUCAUGUCGUUGCAGCUGCCAUUAAGAGCUUUGUUUGCCAUCGAAACAGUGUUUAUUGGCUGGGCCAGUCUGAAAUAUAACUUUUUUCUUACUAUUUGAGCAUAAGUAAUGAUGUUUAUGGGACAUUUUAUGCCAGAUGUUAUUGCUGAUUUGCUAAUUUUAUGUUAUUUAAAUGUCAGUGUGACAAUGUGGUUUUUAAGAUUUAACCUAAUUUGAAAUCCAUAGGACUUCAAAAAAAUUUACUGUCCUUAGAUAUUGAAAAGGGGCAGUUAUUAUUUAAGGCCUGUAAUAACUAUUUUGUUAUGUAUGCCAAUUAGUAUUUGUGUACCAGUAUUAUUCUGUAACACUGAGUCACGUGAUUGUAUAAAACCCAACCAGUGUUUUAUUAAGGAAUAUUUUUGGCAGUUUUUCAUUUAUUAGGAUAGGACAGUAUUUCAGAAAGGAAGCGAGGUAGGACAGAGAGAGCAUGAUUGGGAAAAGUCAGGAGUCAAAAUUGUGACGGCCAAACCGCAACAAUGCUAUAUGUAUAUAUUUGCACAAAAUUCAGUGAUUUUCUGUUCAGUUUUAUUAUGUUUUUUCCAGGCAUGUUUGGUUUUUUAUGUUGGAUCAAUUUAAUUUGUGUACAUGCAGCAGAGAGAAUCUUUUUACUAUAUUUAAAUAUUUAUUUCACUUGGAGCAUAUUCACAAAACACCAAUCACGGCAUGAUGAAGUCCAAAGUGUAUCAUGUGCAUGACUUCAAAAGGACGAGGAAGGAAGAGGAAAAGCUCUUGCUAAAGGGGGACAAAUUGCAGAAUAUUAUCAUUCAAUUUACCCAUUUUAAACUUUGUUGCUCAGAAAACUUUUCUUAUAUUUUUGUCGAAAUGUACAUAUUUUGUCAAAAGGUUUUACAGUUUAAUUUUUUUUUUCGUUUUACAUGUUACUGUCAGUCGAAUGCAUCCGUGCUUAUUAACUUCUAUAAUAAUAAAAGAAAUUUUACUAACCGCAAA